AUGCGAUCGACGUCAACAACCAAUAAUGCGCCGGUACCUCCUGGAAAACCAAGCAUGAAUCGUGUUGAUGCGCCAGCCCUGAACGUGGUUCAAGAUUAUCCGCUAUCAGAACCGAUAUUUGUAAAAAAUCGAUAUGGACGGGAAGAUUUGCUCGCGUUAUUGCCAAGAGAUUCAACAUAUCCAGAUGGCUUGCAAAAGUGCCAGUUUUUUGUAGAGAUACCUCAACAACCUAUUGUAUUGACACCAUUAACUGAUGCAGAAACGGUACUUGGACGUUUACAACAUAACAUCAACUCGAGUAAGGCGAUGAGUGCUUUGAGUCAUGCUGAACGGACCCUUAUAUCAUCGAGCAAUGUGAUUGGGCAAGGGAAUACUGCGGCUGUCGGAUCUACAGGGCCGUCAUCACAAUCCUCAUGGGCAGGCGGGUCAAAUGUUGGUCGUGGUGGUGGGCAAAGCGCUAGAGGAAGUUUUAACGCAUUUCGGGGUCGUGGUGGGCAAGUGUUAUCAGCGGGUGCCCAUGCAGGUAAUGUUCCCGAAACAACUGGUGGCAGUAAGUACGUUCCUGUGCGUGGCAGAGGAAGUGGUACCAUCGGACGUGGCGGUAGCACCUCAACUUUCAAUUCUCGUGCUCAGGGUCUUUAUGAUCCAAGGGACCCCCGAGACCGCCCACGUCAGCGCGUCCGCAGCGUUUCAGAUGAUACUACAUCGCCUUUGACGUCAUCAGGUAGUGGAGGAGCAGGUCAGACUGUUGAUGAUACGUCGGCUUGUGGCAAUGCAUGGUCUCAGCCUUCAAAUCGCAGUAGUUGGCGUAAGUAUGCGGCUAAUAGUUCAGGUUUACAUCAGCAUGGUAGCACAGAUUCGUCCUCGGUCAAUCGUACCUCAAUGCCCGAAUGGAUGGUAGAUGAACAAGAAAAGGGGCCCGAUCUGGUUUCAACGCGUUCUGGUUCUUUUGAUGAAAAUGGUCAAUUUAGAGCGUCUGAUUCUUCUCCAAAAAGUUCGGCUGCUUCCAAUGCAGGAUCAAUUUUGACAAAGAUUGCUGGGACUAAAGACACUAAGCAACCGGAAACACGGAUGAGGGCUCAAGUUUCGCCACGUGCUCCUGAACCAAUCCCAAUUUCUAAUCCGUGGAAUGUCAUCUCAGAGGCUCCGGAAAACAGACUGGACAUCAGUGAACAGUUGGCACAGCAAACUCAGAUGAGCCUAUUGUUGCCGUCAGCUCCUAUUGCUCGUCUAACUUCUGACAUUUUCGAACCUAAGAUCCCAGAGGAAGUGCAGGUUACAUCAAGGCCUUUAGUGACGAAUGUUAAUCCUGCAGUUACUGAUGAUGAAUGGUAUUAUGUGGAUCCAAGGAAUUCACUUCAGGGUCCGUUCCCAACUUCGCAUAUGGAGGCGUGGUUUAAAUCUGGAUAUUUCUCAAGGGAUCUGAACGUAAGGAAAGGCUCAGGUCCAAAUGCUCAUUUCCAAACCUUAGGCGAAUUAAUACAAGUUAAUGGCGGUGCAUCUCCGUUCAGAAGUAAACCGGUUGAUCCAGCCUCUAUCGUUCCAGUGCAUUUGUCUCUACAGUCUCAGAACCCUGAUUUGAGUGGUAAUCCAUGGACGGGUGAAAUAAAUGAGUCUCUGCUGAAAGCUGCUAAAGUCGAGGAACAACGUCAGAAACUGGAGGAGGAGCAAAGAAGGGUGGCUGAAAAGGAAAAAGAGUUGAAAGAAAUGCAAGAAAAUUUGAAACGGCAGGAGGAGGAAAGGCUGAUGAAAGUCCGGGAGAUGGAAUUGAAGUUACAGCAACAACAGGAGGAGCUUGCCAGACGUGCAGCAGAAGAACGAGAACGGGCAGCUGCGCGUGAGCGUGAAAUGGAGGUUGAGAGAAGAAGAAUUGCGGAGGAAAUUGAAAGGGCUAAGAGGGAGGAGAUUAGAAAAGCUUUAGCUGAUGAAAGAAAACGCGAAGAGGAGGAAAGGAUUGCCAGAGAAAAGGAAAUUGCGCGGAUAAAGGCAGAGGCCGAGAGCUUAAGGUUAGAAAAAUUGGAGAAAGAGGAAGCAGCAAGGAAAGCAGAAGAAGAAGCUAGGAAAAGGGCUCUCGCUUUGGAAGAACAAAAAAGGAAGGAAUUAUUAGAAAAAGAAAGAGAAUUAGCGAAACAAACUUCUAUUGAAGCCAAAAAACAGCUGCCUGCAAAGAUAGAAGUAACAGAAGAGUUUGCUCCUGCUUCAAAACAAAGAAGUAAUACUCCUCACGUGCAGCAAGGCGGUACCAAAGUAUGGCAAGCUGUCUAUCGUACUGGGGAUGAAAAGCUUAUAACUACAAAAGUGGCUCCUUGGCAAGCAUCGGGUGAAGGAUCUUUUACAGCUGGUGGUAAAAAGGAAAAAAGUUUACUAGAAAUUCAGCAGGAAGAAGAGCGACAGUUGCUGGCGGAGCGUAAACAAAAACAGGAAGGACCAAAUAGUGGGCGUAGCGGAGCUACUGGAAGCGUGACUAGUGGGGGCGUUUGGGCAGCUUCUCCCCAGAAACUGUCGUGGAGUCAACACACACAAUUGAAUCGCCAGGCUUCUUCGCCAACAACAAAGACUGUGGCUUGGGGGGGUGCUGGAUUACACCAGGAGACUCGUCCUGUAAGCUUAAUGUUUGAUGGUCCGUCAUUGGAGUCGAGUAAUAAGCAGUCGAAAAAGAAUUUGAGCUCACCUGCGAAAUCAAACAAAACUAGUAGCAAAGAUGCAUGGCAAGUAGGAUUAAAGCAGGACACUUCUAAAUUGCAACAGGAGACAGUGAAGAAAUUGUUUAAACAAACUGCAACUGAUAUCUCAGAUGGCUUUACAAAAUGGGUCGUUCAACGGGUCAAACAACUCAAUUCUCAGGUGGAUGCUGAUGUUCUUGCCGAAUUUAUUGAGAAUGUCGAUAGCCCAGAUGAGGUUGAGGAUUAUAUUAUCGGGUAUCUCGGUGACAAUACUCAGGUUAAAGAGUUUGUUCGAGAGUUUUUGGCAAAGCGUGGGGACGCUCGAUUGAAGAAGCGCGCUCCCAUUAAAGAUGAUUUGUCUGGACCAGCGCCGGCUGCUGACCCAUCUUCGUCUGGUAAUAGUUAUGGGGGUAACGGAAAUGGGCAGCAGCACUCUUCUACAGGAGGAAAGAAAAAGAAGAAAGGCAAAGGAGGAAGGCUGAUAGUCGAUGGUGCAUGUUUAGGUUUCAAGGGCACUGCCGAUUCGAAUCGUGUUAAUAUUGGGGAGAUUGCAACUCUUUCUGCUAUGGAGGUCGGUCACAGAUAG